AGCGGAGCACGGAGCUGCACAUUCCUCUGUAGGUGCGGUGUGGACUUUCCCGGGCUGGAAGUUGUUUCGAGUGGGCUGAAAGAGACUUUAAAACAUUUGUUUUAAACUCCACAUCAGUGCUCUAAACAAUGACGCUGCCUGAGCGCUUCAGCGACAGUAGCUGCUAGUUGUUAGCCGCAGGUGGAGGUGGAUCGGGAGGGACGCGGUGAGGGAAAUGGAGCGCACCGAGAAAUCAGAGACUGUACCUGCUCGUUUUCAGGGAGUGUGACGGACUGAUUUGCAGGGUUUUCUUUGGGCCAUGGCGGGCUGCUGGCCGUGCUGCCCCCGCCUGUGUGUGUGCUGUCUGUCCGAGGAGCAGAAGACCAGCAUCGAGGUGGACAAGGAGAUAGCGAGGAUCCUGAAGCAGCAGAAGAAGAAGGAGAGAAAGGAAAUUAAAAUCCUCCUGCUGGGGACUGGAGAAAGUGGAAAAACCACCUUCAUCCGGCAGAUGAGAAUCAUCCACGGACGAGGCUUCUCAGAGGAGGAGAGGAGGAGUUUUGCCAAAUGCAUCUUCCAGAACAUCCUCACAGCCAUGAAGGCUAUGACAGGAGCCAUGACCGUGCUCAAAAUCCCCUACUUCAUUCCAGAGAACGAGAUUUACGGGAAGUGGCUGCAGGACAUCAACACGGUGCAGAUCAGCCAUCUGGAGCGCGGCUACGUGGACGCGAUCCGCCGCCUCUGGGCAGACUCGGGCGUGCGCGCGUGUUACAGCCGCCGCUGCGAGUACCAGCUCCUGGACUCCACAGAGUACUACAUGAAUAACCUGGACCGCAUCUCCGCCCCGGACUACAUCCCCACAGAGCAGGACGUGCUGCGGGUUCGAUUCCCCACCACGGGCAUCCACGACUACUCCUUCACCAUCAAGACCAUCACACUAAGCUACGCCCAGCCUGCGAACGAGACAGCAGCAGCUCAUAAAGCCACAUCCAGCUUUCCUUUCUCUUCCUCCUCUCUGGCAGGAUUGUGGAUGUGGGCGGUCAGAAGUCGGAGCGCAGGAAGUGGAUUCACUGUUUUGAAAACGUCACCUCGCUCAUCUUCCUGGCGUCGCUCAGCGAGUACGACCAGGUCCUGGAGGAGAGAAAGACCAUCAACCGAAUGCACGAGAGUCUGGCUCUCUUCUACACCACCAUCCACUCCCCUUGGUUCUUCAACACCUCCAUCAUCCUCUUCCUCAACAAGACUGACAUCUUGGCUGACAAAAUCAUGACCUCUGACCUGCAGAAAUAUUUCCCCAGCUUCACAGGCAAGAGGCAUGACCCCGAUGAUGCCAAGAACUACAUCCGCAAGCUGUACGAGCAGCAGGCCAUUAACCGGGACAACAGGGACCAGUGGAAGACUCUGUACCCACACUUCACCUGCGCCACCGACACCAACAACAUCCGCAGGGUCUUCAGCGACAUCAAGGACACGGUGCUGCUCAAAUCUCUCCGGGACUACGGGGUCAUCUGAACUCCUACACAGUGCUGGAUGAACUGGAAGAAGAAUCCCGCUGGUUCUUGAUUCUCUCUGCACUCUUUUACCUUUACUGAUAAACGCCAGAUUUCUUUUUCUACUUUUUUUUUUUUUAAGUACACUGCCGUCCAUUUUUCUGACCCCCUUCCCACAGGUUGUAUUGAAGAAUAACGAUGGAGGACAACGUGACAAGUCCUUUCUCAUCUUCACCAAAAGUCACAAACAAGUGACUUCUAAUCAGGGAGUGUUGGAGUGUUUGGAACAUGCAGUGACUCCAUAAUUGAAGCAGGAGCAGAGAUGCAGUGAAGUGUUGUGCAGCCACUAACGGAGUAAUAACUUUUCCAAGUGGAGAUGGGUGGGCGGGGGGGGAUGCUUGGGUACACCGCCCUGCCACUCACAUUUUAAACACAUCCAGGUUCAAACACAUCCUGUAAACACAAACUGCUUCUAUGAGUUGAAAUGUAUUGCAUCUUUUAUAACAUACCACCUAAAUCGGGGGAUUUUCUCUCAUUGAUUACCGUCACCGCAGAGUCUUCGAUUGUUUCACAAACACUCCGGACAGAGCGUCAAAAUCCCUAUUGAUUACAGUUAAUCUCACACUGGCAGUGCUCCUAUCUGUUCGGUACCAUCUCCCUCAAUUAUUAUGAGCUGAAAGUUUAUGUUACCACCUGGUGAUUCCACAGUAUGAAACAACACACCCACCCCCAUUUAUGUGACUCAAAAUGCAUCUGGAUGCACGAGGACAUCCUGGGAUUACUGGCUUUGACAUACUAUGUAUUGGGAAAUAAUUCAUAUUUUCUGGCCUACUUAAAAGUAUGGUAGUAUGGGUAUCAGAAACCUGUUUUAUAUUAGGCUAUGUAGGUAUGACGUUCACUUGGUUGGGAGUGGUGAAACAUACGUGCCAUUGAAUUUCAAAAUAAAGGCGCAACCCUAAAGAACAUUAUAGGUACUUUAUAUGUUAGGUCCUGUAUCAUUGAAUACAUAUGGUACUGUAUAUACAUCCAUAGCGAUGGAUUGUUACACUGAUAAGAAAAACAACAAGAGAAUCACAAUAGAUUGACACUCCAGACGCGUUUAAGACAAAAACACUGAGAGAUGAAUGGCUUGUUAACAGUCUCCAAAAUGGUUAUCAUUGUUGUGUUAGAAGAAAUACUCAUGAGGGAGGAGAACAGUGUGGUUUAGGUUGGAAACACUGCAGUACUAACUAUUCAUUCUUAGAGUCUUUUAGGUCUCCACUUCAAUUUGUGUUUUUGUUUACUCUCUCCGCCUUCCUAGCGUUUUUUCAGCAAAAAAAGUUUGGAUUAAAAACACUGUUCAUCCACUGCCAAGCCUUAAACAGCGGACUGUUAGCAAUAGCUUGUGAUUAUGGGGGAACAUUGAGCAGCUAGAGAGCAAUUUAUUCUCCUCUGGGUGUGGUGGAGAACAAAUAGCAGAGCAUACAAUAGCAUAAAAAUAAAUGCUAGUAUCUGGAUUUGAAAAUGAGCCACUAUUUGCACACCAGAUGAAGUUCAAUCUGGUCAAAGUCUCUGAAAUGUGCCUGUACUUUUAAACAUACAGCAAUAAAGCCAACAGCAGAUCCUGCACCUCUCAAUGCAAUAAAUACACUAUAUUAAAAUCAAUAGCAGAUAUUUGGGCACAAAUCAAGGUUAGAGGCUGACAGGUUGGAAAAGGUCACGAGGGGAAGGAACGGAGACCUGUUUUAAAUGAACAGCUUUAAUGGGCGAGCUUAAAUCAGAGAUGGUGGAAAGAAACAGCAGGCUGGAUAGAGAAUAUUAAUAAGAGGUGGCAGUGAGAAAUAUGUGCGUCGUAUUUAUACAACUGUGGAAAAGAAGAGAUUUUUUUAACCUUGAUUAGAGGUGAGAGCUCCACCAACACUGAGCAUUAAGUAAAGAAGGACAUUAUUUAAAUAACUGACCAUGUGUUUGUGAAGUGGUUGUGGCUGCUCUUUUGUUAAGUGUAUAUAAAGUUUAUACUGCUACAAUGUUAUUGUACAUUUACCAUUGGACUACUAUUGAUUGUUGUUUUUUCAAAUACUGUUUACCCACAGCACACACUGUGAUUGUGUAGUGAAUUACUUUCAGCGUUGGGAGAUGACCUGUCCUACGGUGACAGUGGAUUUAUUUUGUGUAGACUCGGGUGGAGGAAGUGGGCAAAUACUUUUUUCUAGUUAAUAUUAAAAACAAACUUCGAACACACA